AUGGUGGUGGAGGAGGAGGAGGAGGAGGAGGAGGAGGAGGAGCGGAGGCAUCUCGCCAAACCCUCGUUCGCUCGUAUUCUGCCGCCCCCUUCCCCCAAGAAACCCUCGUUCGCUCGUAUUCUGCCGCCCCCUUCCCCCAAGAAACCCUCGUUCGCUCGUAUUCUGCCGCCCCCUUCCCCCAAGAAACCCUCGUUCGCUCGUAUUCUGCCGCCCCCUUCCCCCAAGAAACCCUCGUUCGCUCGUAUUCUGCCGCCCCCUUCCCCCAAGAAACCCUCGUUCGCUCGUAUUCUGCCGCCCCCUUCCCCCAAGAAACCCUCGUUCGCUCGUAUUCUGCCGCCCCCUUCCCCCAAGAAACCCUCGUUCGCUCGUAUUCUGCCGCCCCCUUCCCCCAAGAAACCCUCGUUCGCUCGUAUUCUGCCGCCCCCUUCCCCCAAGAAACCCUCGUUCGCUCGUAUUCUGCCGCCCCCUUCCCCCAAGAAACCCUCGUUCGCUCGUAUUCUGCCGCCCCCUUCCCCCAAGAAACCCUCGUUCGCUCGUAUUCUGCCGCCCCCUUCCCCCAAGAAACCCUCGUUCGCUCGUAUUCUGCCGCCCCCUUCCCCCAAGAAACCCUCGUUCGCUCGUAUUCUGCCGCCCCCUUCCCCCAAGAAACCCUCGUUCGCUCGUAUUCUGCCGCCCCCUUCCCCCAAGAAACCCUCGUUCGCUCGUAUUCUGCCGCCCCCUUCCCCCAAGAAACCCUCGUUCGCUCGUAUUCUGCCGCCCCCUUCCCCCAAGAAACCCUCGUUCGCUCGUAUUCUGCCGCCCCCUUCCCCCAAGAAACCCUCGUUCGCUCGUAUUCCCCCGCCCCCUUCCCCCAAGAAACCUCGUUCGCUCGUAUUCCCCCGCCCCCUUCCCCCAAGAAACCUCGUUCGCUCGUAUUCCCCCGCCCCCUUCCCCCAAGAAACCUCGUUCGCUCGUAUUCCCCCGCCCCCUUCCCCCAAGAAACCUCGUUCGCUC